AUGAUUUCUGGAAUUGCACACAUCAACCUCACGAUCCCUCGGGGUACGCUGGAGCAGGCCGAGGAGUUCUAUGGCAAAACUCUUGGACUCGCAUCUUCGCCGGUACCGGAGCUGCAGAUAGGCACAAUCCUGUGGUUCAAUAUUGGUUCGAGCGGGCAACAAAUUCAUAUUUCAUUUGGUACAACCGAUCCCAGUGGCACUCGUCACCCAUGCUUCAAACUGCCUUCUCGUGAGGAACUCGAGGAAAUCAAGACCAGUAUCUACGAACACCAUGUGCGAGGUGGGUCUGCGGCUCCAAUGGCUGCUGACAAGCCUGGUGAAAUAGACUCUGGAACCCAAGGAAAGGAAUAUCCCUCUCGAUUCUUUGCCCGUGACUAUGCCGGGAAUCUGCUUGAGUUCACUUUAUAG